AUGAAGAAGAAGGAGGCACAUGAUACUCAGAAGAAACAGGUCAAAGCAUCAACUGGCAAGAAGAGAAAACACAUUUCUUCAUCUGAUUCAGAACAAGAUGUUAUUCCAGAUGCUGCUAACAUGUCUUCCACAACAAAGAAGAGAAUCAGAGGUAAGAGAGUUCCUCUUAAUAUUCCUGAUGCUCCUAUGGACAAUGUGUCCUUCCACACUGCAGAAUCUGCUCAGAGGUGGAAGUUUGUGUAUCAAAGAAGAAUUGCUAGGGAGAAGGAACUGAGUGAGGAAGCACUCAAGGUUGAUGAGAUUGUGAGUCUUCUAACUCAGGCAGGAUUGAUCAACACUGUCAAGGAUCUUGGCAGAUGCUAUGAUCAAUUGAUCAGGGAGUUCAUUGUAAACAUCCCUGUUGACUGCAAUGAUGUUGAUAGUCCGGGCUUUCAGAAGGUUUUUGUGAGAGGUAAGUGCAUUACUUUCUCUCCUGCUGUGGUCAAUGAGUUUCUUAUGAGAGAUGCUGUGGUUGUAAAUGAGGGGGAGCCAAGUCUGCAUAUGGUGGCUCAUACUCUCACUGGAGGCCUUGUCAAGAAAUGGCCCAAGCAAGGCUUGUUGCCAUCUGCCAAAUUGUCUGCCAAGUUUGCUGUCUUGAACAAGAUUGGAGCUGCAAAUUGGGUAGCUACACAUCACACUUCUGGUGUCACUCCUCAACUGGCCAAAAUGAUCUACCUGAUUGGAACCAAGUCCAAGUUUGAUUUUGGUACUCAUGUGUUUGAGCAGACUAUCACACAUGCUGAUUCCUAUGCUGUGAAAGUGCCUAUCAUGUUUCCAACCUUGUUGACUGAACUGAUUGUGCAUCAACAUCCUGACAUUGUGAGGCCCAAUGAAUCUCAAGGUAAGAAGCUUGACCCUCUUAAAUUUGAUGAUCGUCUGUUUGCUGGGACACAUGUUCCAGACAUGGUGCUCCCUACUGCUAAGGAUUCUGAAAGUGCUAGUGGAUCCAAGCUUCCUGGCCCUGCCACGAAAGAUGUGUUGGCUGAACUCAUUGCUACUUCCAAGACUCUGGAAGAUACCAUCCAUGCCAAUGAAGAAGAGGCUGAUCUUGAAGAAGAGGUUGAGGCUGAAACAGAGGCUGAGGUUGAAGAAGGCAUAGCUGCUGAGGAAGAAGGAGAGGAGGAAUCUGAUGAAGGUGACGAAGAAGAAGAUAUUACUGGCUCUGAGAGUUCUGAAACAGAGAGUGCAUCUUUGUGA